GUUUAAGGACAAUUUAGUUUUUGGCAUCAAUCAAGUAGUAGGUUCUGAUUUGCUUUUUUUUUUUACGGUACGGUUUCUGGACACGUAAAUAAUAAUAAUAAGAUUAUAGCAGAAAAUGUUGUUAACAGGAUAAAUUCAUAUUAAAUUAAUCUAUAAAGUUUUAAUAGUAAAGAAAUUUUAUUAAAAUUACUAUGGCGUCUGUUUUGCGAGAAAAGCAGAUUUCUGCAUUGAAGAGAAUGCUGAAUUUUAAUGCUAAUAUCACUAAAGCAUCAGUUUCUGAACCAGUUUGGAAGAUUUUGGUGUAUGAUCGGUAUGGACAGGACAUAAUUUCCCCUAUAUUGUCAGUGAAGGAGUUACGAGAUAUGGGAGUCACACUUCAUCUCCUUUUACACUCUGACAGAGAUCCUAUACCAGAUGUACCUACUAUUUAUUUUGUUAUGCCAAAUGAGGAAAACAUUGUUAGAAUAUCUCAGGAUUUUAGGAAUCAGCUAUACGAUAGUUAUUUUUUAAAUUUUAUUUCACCAAUUUCUCGACAAAGAUUGGAGGAUUUAGCUAGUGCAUCUCUUAAUGCUGGAUGUGUUUCAUCUGUUAAUUCGGUGUUUGAUCAGUAUCUGAACUUCAUCACUGUUGAAGAUAACCUUUACUUUCUUAGGCAUCAAGAUCGUUCUUCAUUAAAUUAUUUUGCGGUUAAUAGAGGAGAUAUGAAAGAUACAGAGAUGGAAUUUUUAAUUGAUACUAUUGUUGAUAGUUUAUUUUCUGUAUUUGUUACAUUAGGAGCUGUACCUAUUAUUAGAAGUCCGAGAGGAAAUGCUGCUGAAAUGGUUGCUGAGAAGCUUGACAAAAAGAUAAGAGAAAAUCUAAGAGAUGCCAGGAAUAGUUUAUUUGCGCCUGAUGGUAUGCCUACACCAUUUUCAUUUCAGAGACCAUUGUUGGCUAUUUUAGAUAGAAAUCAAGAUAUGGCAACUCCUUUGCAUCAUACGUGGACUUAUCAAGCUCUAGCACAUGAUGUUUUGGAUCUCCAAUUAAAUCGAGUAUCCAUUGAAGAAGUGACAGAAAAAGCAGGGCAUGUUGGUGCAAAGCCCAGAAAAAGAACAAAAACUUUUGAUUUAAAUCCAACAGAUAAAUUUUGGAUGCAGUAUAAAGGAAGCCCUUUUCCGAUUGUUGCCGAAGCUGUUCAGGGGGAGUUAGAUUCCUACAGAUCAUCUGAAGAAGAAGUUAAGCGACUGAAAGCUGCUAUGGGUUUAGAAAUGAGUAAUGGAGCAGAUGAAGUGAUUGGGUCUAUGUCAGAUAAUACUGCUAAGUUAACAUCUGCAGUAAGUUCCUUACCAGAGCUCCUUGAAAAAAAGAGAUUAAUUGAUAUGCAUAUGACUGUUGCCACAGCUAUAUUAGAUCAUAUUAAGAGUCGAAAAUUAGAUGUUUAUUUUGAAAUUGAAGAAAAAAUUUUGGGCAAAGCUAUGUUAGAAAAAUCAUUGAUGGACAUGAUUACAGAUCCAGAAGCUGGAUUGCCAAGUGAUAAACUAAGGCUCUUUUUGAUCAGUUUCAUAUGUGGCCCUCCUAUGACAGAGGCUGAAGUGGACCAAUAUAUAACAGCAUUAAAAGAUGCUGGCUGUGAAGUUGAAACUGUUCAGUACAUGAGGAGGUGGAAAACUUACAGCAAGCUUUCUUCAAAUUCAACUAGUCAGUAUAGUGGUGGAACAAAAACAGUUAGCAUGUUUUCUAAGUUAAUGUCGCAUGGUUCACAAUUUGUAAUGGAAGGUGUAAAAAACUUAGUUGUUAAAAAACAUAAUUUACCAAUUACAAGGAUAGUUGAUUCAUUAAUGGAAAUGAAAUCUUUACCUGAAACAGAUGAUUAUCGAUAUUUUGAUCCAAAGCUUUUGCGUCCAACUGAUAGCUCUUCUAUUCCUAGGAAUCGAUCACCAUUCCAAGAUGCUGUGGUGUUUGUGGUAGGCGGUGGAAACUAUAUUGAGUACCAAAAUCUUAUGGAUUACACUAAAGGCAAAACAAAUCCAGUUCAAAAGAAAAUUGUAUAUGGAUGUACAGAUCUUGUUAAUGCUGAUCAAUUUCUAAAACAGUUAUGUCAAUUAGGAUGUGAUAUGCACUAACACACAUUGCCUUUGAAACAACGAGAUUGAAUACUCCUUUUGGGUUUUACAUGUAUAUAGACUGUAUUAUUUACCGCUAUAUCCUAAGAUAUGUGAAAUAUGUUAUAAAAGCUGGCUUUUUAUUUUCACUCUGUAUUUUAUAUAUCAUCCAGUUCCAUUAAAAAUUUAUAUUUCUUAUUGAA